AUGCUGCGGCUGAAGCUAUCGGCUGGCGAAAUCUGGGAAUUUCCGAAGCUGUUCAUUAGCUUGCUCGUGACCAAAAGCAUAGCUGGCAUCGAGAUCCCAUCCCCAAACGAGCCCACGAGCCCGAGCCCCAUCAGCGCCAUGUCAGAGCAAUCGGCAUGCAUGAAAAUCGAGCCGAACGAUAUAGUUCGGCUGCUCGUUUUCGGCUUCUUCUUCUUCAUCUGCUCCAUAACAGAGUAUAUUUGUGAGGUAAAGUAUAUAUGUUGGCCUAAUGGCUAUAUCGGCCUAGCGGAAGAACUAAUGAUUUGGUAA